GUUUCCAUCUUUGCCCUGAGGUCUAGUCUCAGUCUCCCAGGCCUUAUAAAUAGGGGCAGUUACAACGGCAACUAAACCUCCUAUUUGAAUUGUCCGCAUGACAAGGAAUUUAACCUGUUGCUUCUCCUCUGGUGAUCGUGUCCAUGGUUGUGUGCGCUACUGCUACUGCUGGUGACAGAUUGCAGCAAGCUCUCCAACGCCUCUGAGCCUGGGAAUAGCCAAGGAACCUGCAAUUCAUGCCAAACGUCCAAUUUCCAGGGACAGAGGGAGUGAGUAUCAGCAGCGGGUGCUGGGUGACGGAUCAAACCUUCAUUGUUACAUCUGGGAACAGGGCUGACCCAGGGGCCACACAGAUAGGUCUCCUUUAACAAGAGAAGAAUAUGGCGGAGAGUGGGAGUGGCACCAGUGGUGGCUCCUCCUCAGUGGGAGGGGUUUCCAAUCCAGCUUCUCUUGCUCCUGGUGACUCUCAGCUCAUUGCCCUGAUCGUUGAGCAGCUGAAGAGCCGGGGGCAGUUCGAUGGAUUCCGAAGAGACUGCUUGGCGGAUGUGGAUACAAAGCCGGCCUAUCAGAACCUGCGGCAGAAAGUGGACAACUUUGUGUCGACCCACCUGGACAAGCAAGAGUGGAACGCGGACAUGAACAAAAACCAGCUGAGAAAUGGACUGCGCCAAAGUGUCAUCCAAUCAGGGAUGCUGGAAGCUGGGGUGGACAGGAUCAUCUCGCAGGUGGUCGACCCAAAACUCAACCACAUAUUCCGGCCCCAGAUAGAAAAGGCAAUACAUGAGUAUCUGACUGCUCAGACAAAGGAGGAUUCGGCUCCCCCACUGCCGCCGGGUCCCCCAGAGCCACAAGAGCAAGAGCCCCCAGAACCAUCUCAAAGUGUCUCUUAAAGGUCUACCUCUGUAAUGGGUCAACGUCUGCACUCGAGCUACUCCCAGACAUCCCCUAGUCUCCAGCUUUCUGGGAGUUGUAGUUGCACAGCAGCAGGAGUGCAAAGGUUGCUCAUCAUUGGGAUAGACCUUACAGAAAAUACUGCUGUGUAAACGAACGCACACCACAAUGCCGAUAAGCUAGAUAUAUGGCUGCCGCCGUAGUGGGUGGGGCCAGCAGCAAAACUGGAAACAUGGAGGGGAAUCACAAAGCCUCCAUGUCUGACUUCUAAGUAGGGUUUAAUUAUAGACGCAUUACAUUUCUGCAUCAGUUUUGAGACACCGGUUUACUUUUAAAAGGUGGUGCCAUGAUUAGUGUUGGGGUUCUUCGGGGUUACGUAGUAACAUGGGCAAAUUCUGUCCCCAUCCAGAAAAUCCACUUCAGGUGACAGUUUUUAUCAAUCUAACUGCCAACACCCUGUAACAAUAUCUACCAAUCAGAUUGGUAUCUAGCUGCCCACUCCCUGUAACUGUAGCAGCCAAUCAGAUGUCCUUUUCUUCAUUGUGAUUGCCUAAGCCUCUAGCCAUAGCAGCCAAUCCGAUGCUGCUUUCCUGAUUCUGACUGCUAAAAGCCAACUGCUGAUUGGUUACUGUGCACUGGGGAAAUGUUUCCUCUAGUUACUUUGUUAACCUUUUUGACCUUACUUUUGGGAGAAAUCUGACUUUUGUUGGAAGAGAUGAAUUUGCCUUUGUUAAUAUUGUUCUCGUGCCAGCACGCUAACCGACUACCUAACGCCAAACGCACGAUGACGCACUGCCUAAAGGAGGAGCUUGUUUUUUUUUCUUGAUUGUUUUUUUUUCUAUUAAAUAAUUUUCUAUGUAUUGUAUGAAAUUGCAAUGGAUUGUCUAAAUAAAUAUAUUUUGGUUUUUGUGAAUGAGCA